AUGUCUAACAGUAAAAGGACAACAGUAUAUGAUCCAUUGGAUAUUUCUCAAAUCGCUUUCAUUCCUGCUGACUUGGAUUCUGACGAGUCCUUCAUCGAUACAAAUACCAUUGGAAAUAGCUCUUUGGAGGCAUACCUUUUUCACCAACAUAAUGAAUCUACUGACCUUGAAAAAACCACUUCUCAUAUCAGCACCUCCAACUCUUUAAACACAAUUUCUUCGUCCUCCUCUGAAGAUGUUAUCGAAUUAAUAUCUCAAACUUCUAAUGCACAGUCGCUUUCGUCCAAUGUAAUGGAUGGUAUCAGGUACAAGAUCGUUUUAAAUUUAACUAAAAGAGAAAUAAAAUUAAUUAGGGAUUCAUGGAAUAUUCUCUUAUCAGAUGAAGGAUCUGUAGAUAACAAGUCAUCCUCGUUCUUUAAACGCGUCUUCAAAAGUAGCAGAUCAUCAUCGAUAUCCCAAGGACAGGCUUCUAAUUUAGUGGAAUCGAGCAAAAAAUCUAUGUUACAAAGAGUCCCAACAGGAAGAAGUGCACAUGGUAGUAUCAAUACCGUAAAAAACGCUCCACAAACUACAACCAUGGCCUCUAGCUCCAUAUCUAGCUCUUUAUUUUGUGCUCAGUUUUACUCCAAUUUCCUUUCGAUGGACCCCGAUCUCGAGAAGCUAUACCCAUCAUUAAAACAUCAAGCUACUGCAUUUGCCGGUGUAUUAACCAUGGCCAUCAAUAAUCUUGAAGACUUAACUGCUAUGGAAGCUUACUUGAAUAACCUAGGUAAGAGACAUGCUAGAGUAUUAGGUAUUCACCCUCCUCAAUUUGAGAUGAUGGGUAUAGCUUUUUUAAGAACUAUAAGGGAUAGAUUUGGUGUUUAUUGUACCUUUGAAUUAGAGGAAACUUGGGCCAGACUUUACUCAUACUUAGCGAAUAGUAUUUUACAAUUCGGCAUUGAUCCUAUAUUAAAAGUAGAUUUUGCCGAAAACGAACUACAUUUACCUGUCCCUAAUCUAAUAGAGAACACAACAACCACAAAAAUUCCAAUUAGUGAUAAUAUGAGCUCCCACUCUAUUACAAUGCUUCCUGAUUUCCCUGGAUAUCCCCAGAAAAAAUUGAUUAAUCCUGUCCAUACACCUAGUCAUUCAAUACCUGCCGAAAGCACUAAAAGUAAAAAGCAUACACCCUCUUCGUCUACUGAAAAACGCUUUUUCUCAAGCAGGCUAAAAAAUAAGAAUAAAACGAAACCUAGCACUCAACCAACAAUGGCAGGUCCUGAAGAAUGUGUAAUUAUGUAG